AUGACCUUCGACAAUGGGGAAUUGGAAGGGCGCCCACCCUAUAUCCACACCAUGCUCGCAGGAGGGUUUGGUGGAACUACUGGUGAUAUGUUGAUGCACUCGCUCGAUACCGUCAAAACUCGACAACAAGGUGAUCCGCAUAUGCCACCUAAAUAUACUUCUUUAGGAUCAUCUUAUUAUACAAUAUGGCGCCAGGAAGGAAUUCGACGUGGGUUGUACGGAGGAUGGCUCCCAGCUAUGAUGGGCUCUUUCCCCGGCACAGUUCUCUUCUUUGGUACCUAUGAAUGGAGCAAGCGGCAUAUGCUAGACUAUGGAAUCCAGUCUCAUGUCUCUUAUCUGGUAGCUGGGUUUCUCGGCGACUUCGCUGCAUCAAUAGUCUACGUACCCUCCGAGGUGUUGAAGACUCGCCUUCAGCUUCAGGGCCGGUAUAACAACCCUUAUUUUAAGUCCGGAUACAACUAUCGCGGUACUUUCGAUGCUGCGAGAACCAUUGUCAGGACAGAGGGAAUUUCGGAAUUGUUCUCUGGAUAUAAGGCAACUCUAUAUCGAGACCUUCCAUUUUCCGCCUUGCAGUUUAUGUUCUACGAGCAAUUUCAAAGUUGGGCCCGUGAAUAUAAGAAGAGCCGAGAGAUUGGAGUACGGUUAGAAUUACUAACCGGAGCUGCCGGCGGUGGAUUAGCUGGAGUGCUCACCUGUCCCCUGGACGUAGUGAAGACCCGGCUACAAACCCAGAUCGACCCCGUCCCGGUUGUGAGCAAACCUAAAGAUCGCUCGGCUAGAGAGACUACGUCGAGGCUUAAAGAGUCAGCCUCAAAACAGACACAACCCCCACCUCAACCUAAGCAACAAAAGCGCCCUAUAUCCACAUCAUCACCCUCUACACAUACACCGCGGCCUGGUGCUAUUCCAUUAGACGAAGAUUCGAUAAUGAAGGGGCUCAAGCUAAUUUAUAAAACAGAAGGUGUUGGCGGAUGGUUCAGAGGAGUUGGCCCGCGAUUUGUCUGGACCAGUGUACAAAGCGGUUGCAUGUUGUUCUUGUAUCAAACCAUAUUGCGAAAACUAGAGGUAUGGCUUCCGGUAGAGAGAUCAGACAUGUCUACUUAA